AUGGGACGUGUUAAGCUGGAGAUUAAGAGAAUAGAAAACAACACCAAUCGUCAGGUUACCUUCUCCAAGCGUAGGAAUGGGUUGAUUAAGAAAGCUUAUGAACUUUCCAUCCUAUGUGACAUUGAUAUUGCUCUUAUCAUGUUCUCUCCUUCCGGUCGGAUUAGCCAUUUUUCUGGCAGGAGAAGGAUCGAGGAUGUCUUUAUGCGUUACAUUAAUCUCCCUGAUCGAGAAAGAGAGCAUGCUCUAAUUUUCCCUGAACAAAUCAGACAUCCCGAUAUCCAAAACAAAGAGUAUAUGCUAAGGAUUCUCCAGCAGCUAAGAAGUGAAAAUGAUGUUGCUCUUCAACUUGCCAAUCCAGCAUCUUUUAACUCUGAUUUUAAGGAAAUCCAACAGGAAAUUGUAAGGUUACAACAACAACUUCAAAUGGCUGAGGAUCAGUUAAGGGCAUAUGAACCUGAUCCUUUUAGGUUCACAUCCAUGGCGGAACUAGAAUCCUGUGAGAAACAUCUUGUCGAAACAUUAGCAAAUGUUGUGCAAAGAAAGGAAUAUAUAUUGAGCAACCAUUUUUCCUCUUACGAUCCAUCUCCUAUACAGCAAGGAUUGCCUCCAUCUUUUGAGAACGAGGUUGUCAAUUGGCUACCUGAUAAUGGUCAAAACCAAUCCCAAAUCUUUGAUGCGUCAGCAUCUCUAAAUCCUCUCAGGGAUUUUUCAUCCACGGUCUACGAUCCAUUGUUGCAAGGAAGCAUGUCAAAUGUGGAUCCUCACAACAUAGGAGAUCAAUGCCACGUCUCAAAUCCGAAUACUGAAAAUUUCGCACCAUGGCCUCGGUCAUUUGCUUCAACUGGGCUUCAGUCAAACUCCAUGCCACCAACCUUGUAUUCCCACGUUCAGCAUGGAAUGGUGAGUCACCAGGAAAUGGCAGAAAUGGUACCGAAUGAUCAGCAAAUGGAAAUUCCUGGGAACUAUAAUUCACAUGGUCAGAUGGCAGACAAUGAAGGUUCAAACUAUGAGAACAGAGUUCAUGAACACGAUGGGCAAUGA